UGGUCAAAAGCCCUCGAGGAGAAACCCUUCCCUUAUCUCCGUCCGCAUAGAUUUCCUGACUGCUGUCUCUGACCAGCCAGAGCAAGUGUAGCGCUAAGCACCCUCGUAUAGCACUAUAGGCUGUUCAGUCUGGCAGUUUCAAGUCGUCACAACACGGAGUAGCUGAGAAACGACUCAAAGUAUCCGUACAGUAAUGUGCUGUGAUGUAGAUAGGUCUUGGCGGUCCUGAUAGGGUGUGGACCUCUUCUGAGACUUGGGCAUAGUUGGGCAAUGCGAAAUCACUCUUUGAUACACAGGUGGAUUUUUUUUAGACAUCCCCACGCAUUCGGAAUCUUCUCACCACGUGGCCUGCGCGUUUUUUGUAAUGGCUGGCAUAUCGGAAUAUUGGUCAUCGUUGAUCUCAGUUUUGUUUUUUCCACCUCCUGCCAUCCUUCACCUCCUCUUUCUCCUCUUUACCGUUUGUUGUUGCUCAGUGCUUUUAUCCGGGACGGGAAGCAUGGCAUACCCUGAACUCGAAUGAGGUGGCUUCGAAGCCCAGUUACACAAGCCGCCCCUGGCGAGGUGGGCUGGACGCUAUGGCACCACUCUUAUACGACAGUCUCAAACCUGCGCCGACAUCACAUUGCAGAUUGAGACCAUCAGACCGUGAACGCAGGACGGAGUUGGGCACGGGCUCAGGCACAAAACGGAAGACACCAAGCCGACUGACGCAGCCUGCCGCAGCCUUUCUUUGGCCAGGCUCGUCCGUUCAAUGCUUGCUGCGCACGGCCAUAGCAAUAACCUAGUAAAAUUUCCACAAUGACAUCAACUCCCCAGUCAAAUAUGGCAAGCGGCAUGACCGAACCGCCUUGUCUCUCGCAAUGAUGUCGUGGAACCAGUCCCCCUAGAUAGGUUCCUACGCAUGCAAUUGGGCCGCACUGCGAGAUGGCACGCGCCAAUGAGCAGAGCACUUGGUCUCUCUAUGCCUCUCCGUCCCCGUCA